GUUCUCUUCAUUACCACCGUGUCAACUCUUGUUCAAACUCUCACAAGCCUAUUAAACGCCACCGUUUUGCUCUUUGUCUUUUUUUUUAAUUCUUUUUUAUUUUUUAUAAAUAAAAAAAUGGCUGAUGAUAACAGUUGCAAGAAGCGGUUACGUAAUGACUCGUCCGAGUCAGAGAUUGAAUCGUCCGAGGCGAAGAAACUCAGAGACGAUUUACUCGAGUUCUUGAACAAUUCCGAUCCAGCUCCUUCGAUGCAAGAGCUUGAUUCUGUUAUAAAGAGCUUGCAGGAGGAGAUCUCUGCGUCUUCUUCUACUUCCGUUCGUGUGAUGUCAGAUUCCGGCGAGUCUCAGGCUCAGAUCGGGUAUCUUCUGGAAGCUUCCGACGACGAACUCGGGCUUCCACCACCGGGAUAUCCUUCGGUUCAUGAAGUUGUUCAUGAAGAGAAAAAAGAUGAAACUGAUUUGGCUCGAGUUUUGUCUGACUCGUCCGGGAUCGGUGAGUUAUGGGAGUUUGAGAACCAGAUCCCGAGUUAUGACUCGUUUGAUUUAGGAAACGGAUUUGGAAGUUUUGGUUAUGACUCGUUUGAUGGGAUUUUUAACCAUUCAGAUGUGUAUUAUGACUCGAACGAUUUUUCUGACUCGUGGCGGCACGGAACCUUGCCGGCACAAUAGAAAUCAUGAAAAGAAAAUUGAAAAUUGAAAAAAGGAAAAGGAAAAUUUCCUUUUAAUUAAUUAAUCUAUCUAAUGAGAUUUUUAAAUUUCUUAGAUAUAUGUAAAUAUUUUAUUUAUUUUUAAUUUUUAUUCAGCUACUACUUUUUGUUCCCUUUUAUUUGGACUAGGUUAGAUAAAAGGGAAUUAUAGAAUAUAAAAUUAUGAAGCUAUGAAUCAUGGAACAUGCGUUCAGAUAUGGCCAUGGCGAUGAAAAUGAUGGUUGUUUAUUUA